AAAUGUCUGGCCUGAAACCUGUCAAACCAGAAGGAGUUCAAAGCGAGUUCAGUGUCCGCGUUGCAAAACGAAGCGAUGAUAUCCGUUACUCUGUAAUGAUGUUCAACGGAAUGGACAAAGUGGACACAUCAAAAUGGACAAUAGACAGUGGUGUUACAAUGGAGAGAGAGGAUAAUCAACGUGUAAUUCUAUCAACACAGACAGUUCAAGAAUACGGAGAAGGAUCCGAGUAUGGAAAAGCUGCGAGGGAAGAAGCUCGCCGAAAGAAAUAUGGAAGACAAUCAAAAAAAUAUCGACUUGAUAAUCAGCCAUGGAAGAUGGCAUUCACUGAGCCAGAAGGACGGCAGAGGCAAAUGAGAGGAAUUCGAGAAGGUGGUGCAAAUGAGCAUGCUGAUUAUUGGGUUUUUCUGAAACCAAAUCAAUCUUCUGAGUUUAAAGCUUAUAAAGUCGAUGAAUGGCAUAAAUUCCUGCCAGCGAUUACUCAUAAAACUCUUGAUAUUGAUCAAGCCGAGGAGCAAUUCUCUCAGAGAUAUAAAGUUAUGAAUCAAUUCGCUUUGAAAGCAGCGAUACAGAACCAAUUGAGUGCGACGGAUGAAUCGGAAAUGACAGAGCAGCAGAAACGUCUACUGAAAAUUAAGGAUGAGGCGAGCUCUGAUGAUUCGGAUGGUGAUGAUGAGGGAGAGGGUGGUGAUGAUGGAAAAAAGGCGAAGAAUAAGAAAAAGAAGAAGAAGAAUGCGAAACCGGCGAAAGAGAAGAGGCAGAGGGUUGAGGAUAAGGAUGAUGUUGCUAAAUACGAGUCAUCGGACGGAGAGGACGAGGGCCGCGAGUACGACUACAUUUCUGACAGUGGAACUGAUUCUGACCGUGAACAAGUUCCAUCAGACGAAAAAAUCGAGAAACAACUAGUCGGAGUUGCUGAAGAAGAAGGAGCACGUGAAUCUGAUAGCAGUGAAUCUGAAGAUGAUUUAACGAAGAAAUUAAUGAAACCAUAUGGUGAUAAGAAAAAAGGAAAUGAUAUUGAAGAACGUGAUUCAUCUGGAACAGAUUCUGAUGUUUCCGACACUGAAAAACUCGAUUCUGUAGUUUUUAUGAAGGCUAACAAGGAUGGAGAAGGCGGCUCGGGAGGAACCGGAAAAAAACGUCCACCAACUGAAGAUUCUGAUCUUAAAAUGGAUAAUCUUGGUCCGAGUGAUGCGAAAAAAGCGAAACCGGCUGUUAAAUUUGAGGAAGGACUCAAUGAGGAAACUGUUCGCAGAUAUUUGCGUCGUAAACCGCAUACAACGAAGGAACUCCUCCACAAAAUGAACGGAAAAUGCGGAAAUAUGAGCAAAUCUGAAAUGGUAACCCAACUGGCUUCAAUUCUGAAAGCAAUCGAACCGAAUCAAUCUCGACAAUUGAAGGGAAAGAAGGAAGUACUCUUCUUCUCACUUGUCAACACUAUCGCCUAAUUUUUUAACUAUUUUUUCUUCUCUUAAAAAUUAUACAAUCCUUCGCAUUUUUAUUUUAAAUUCAAAUUUUCCCGCCCAAAAUUCUGUAAAUGAACCAAAAGUUUCGCGAUUAAA